CGUUUUGUAAAAAAUUGCGUCAAAUGAAAAGAAAGAGGCAUAUUUGACAAUUUUUUUUUACGAAAAUGAAUUACUUAUGCUUUAAAAACUUAUAAUCUUCGGAGAAUAGACUAAUUAAUCUUGUUACGUAACUGCCAAAUCAUCAAACCUAUAAAAUCUAUGAAAAUGUGAGGUUAUGCUCGAGUCGUUUUCCAGUAAGGCUAGCAAGCUUGUGAGAACUUUCGCCGCAAUCGUAAGAAUGCCCCCAAAAGUUGUUUUCGUCUUGGGUGGCCCCGGAGCCGGAAAAGGAACCCAAUGUCAGAAAAUUGUGGAAAAUUACGGAUACGUACAUUUAUCGGCGGGCGAUUUACUAAGGGAAGAACGAAACAAUCCAGGGUCAGAAUACGGAGAACUGAUAGAGAAUUACAUCCGCGAAGGUAAAAUUGUACCGGUGGAAAUUACCUGCAGUCUUUUGGAGAAUGCGAUGAAAAAGUCUGGAAAAGAAAAGUUCCUCAUAGACGGUUUUCCUAGAAACCAAAACAAUCUAGAAGGCUGGAAUAACACUGUAGCGAGCAGAGUGCUACUUCAGUUUGUCCUGUUUUUUGACUGUCCUCUAGAAAUCUGCCUGGAGCGUUGUUUGAACAGGGGAGCCAGUGGAAGCGGUAGAGUGGACGACAACCCCGAAAGUUUGAAAAAGCGUUUCAACACAUACUUGAAUGAAACUCGUCCCAUUAUUGACUAUUAUGAUAAAUCUAAUUUAGUAAGAAAAAUUGAUGCUACAAGGCCUGAAGAAGUCGUAUUCCAAGAUGUUAAAGAUGUAUUCGAUAAGGUGAAUGCAGUAGGAGCAGGAGAUAAUUGAGUACAUUUUUUAUUAGAUACUCGAUACUAAAUAUCUGUAGAAGUAGCUAGUCUCAAUUGAAUUAGAAAUAAGUGAAACUCGUGCAUUUUUAGAAUCAUCCUCUAUACAAUUUCAAGCUAUUGAUUUAUAUCAAUGUGAUACUGCCUCUGUAUAUUUGUGUUAUAAUUUUUUACACUGAAUUUAUUUAAAUAUUGAUCAAAUACCUAUAUUGUGAACAUGUUUGCAACAGCCUUACAAAAUAAACUAUUUCAUCUGUGAAAA